CUGGGUGGUCAAUUCACACGUUUUGCGUUUCCAUUUCCGAUAUUGACGCCGUUAGGGAGGAGGAUGGCGGCGCCGUUAAUGGGGCCGGUGGCGGUGGUGGGGCUGGAGUUCUGCGCGCCGUACGCGGUGCCGUUGACGGUGACGAAGAAGGCGUUGAGCUUGACGGACGGCGACUUCGUGGUGAUGGACGGUAACGGCGCCGUCCUGCUGAAGGUGAAGGGCGUGUUCUUCGCCUUCCGCGAGCGCCGCCUCCUCCUCGACGCCGCCGGCAACCGCCUCCUCUCCAUGCAGGCCAAGAUAUUAAGCAUUCACGAUCGGUGGAAAGUGUUCAGAGGAGACAGCUCCAGCGAGAAAGAUUUGCUCUUCAGCGUGAAGAAGUCGGCGGUCAUCCAAUUUAAAACCGAACUGGAUGUCUUUUUAGCUGCGAAUACUAGCGAGCUAGUUUGCGAUUUUAAGGUCAAAGGAAGCUACUUUGAGAGAUCGGUCGCCAUCUACCUCGGUUCGUCGGACACCGUAAUUGCCCAGGUAAGCCGUCAGUACACGGUCAAGAACGUAUUACUCGGGAGGGACACAUUCGGGGUGACGGUGUAUCCGAACGUCGACUACGUCUUCAUCGCGGCCCUCAUCGUGAUUCUUGAUGAAAUCAACAGAGAGGGCAGUGAUUCUUGAUGAAAUUUACAGAGAGGGCAGGGACGAUUAAGUAUUUGUGUUCUUCACAUCAUUACUCAUUGCAGAGCUGCAGUUAGUUUCUGCUUUGCUACAUUACAUUAGCUAGAUUAGAUGUGGUCAUGUAAAAGCCGCCUUAGUUGCAGUAGUUUGUGUGGCAAAAUGUUAUAGUUGAAGCACCCUUAGAAGCACCUUCAUGUGUGAGUAGUGUAGAUGCUUUUGCUUUUGCUUUCUCUUAUGGUGAGUGAUCAGGAUUGUAAAAUUGGAAACUUGACCUUGAUAAUAAUUCGCCUCGCUACUACGACUUGGUACUAUGGCAUUGUCAAAUCUGUUCGUUCGA